GGGAACCAUGUGCGAAGAGGACCGGGGAGAUGUAGCAUAUCCUCGCCAGCAAGGGGGCGAAGAUCGAUUGCCCCAUCACACGAAGAAUGAUACAGCUGUACCGAUUGGAAAACAACAUUGCUGACGGAGCAGAUCCACAACCGGUGUUAGAGCACGUCGACACGGACAAUUUGGCAGAGUUUAUGUUGCCUCCAACUGCUCCCGGUAGAGAGGCCAUCGACGACAGUCGGGACGGUCUCGGCAUGGUGACGGAUGACAGACACGUCGGGCGUGAGAGAGCGGAAGACCGGUCAGGCAGCGAAUCAGCGACCCAAAGGCCAUCCGCGAACUUGAAGCAAGCUUCUAUUAGACGUUGGACUGAGAACUCAUCGCAGCAGCGCUUGGACAUCGCCUGGGGGUUCCACUUGUACGAGCAUGGGGCUCCAUUCAACUACGUCACGGGGGAGAAGACACAGGAGCUGCAUGAACUGUACUUGGAGCUAAGGGAGAAGAAACAGAGAGUGAAGAUGCCCAAUAGAAUGCAGAUGGCGACGGUGGUCCUCGACGUCGCGUACGAGCGGACGCGAGAGGCGAUGAGGCCGGUCAUGGAGACAUGGGAUAUCACUGGGUGCACACUCAUCACGGAUGGGUGCACGGAUCGCAAGUUCCGGCCCGUCAUGAACUUCAUUGCUGCUGGCGAGGCCGGAGCAGUAUUGCUGAAGGUUGUCGACAUGUCGAAGAGGAAGAAGACAGCGAUUGCGUUGGCGAAAUUAUGGGAGGGUGUGAUCCGCGAGAUUGGAGUGCACAGAGUGAACGCUUUGUGCACGAACAACGCGGAGGUCAACAAACAUGCAGCCAGAUUGUUGAGGCGGCGAACAGAUCGAAGCAUUUCACGGAUUCCGUGGGUUCCGUGCGCCACACAUUGCCUGAACUUGCUUCUUAAGGGGAUCAGCGACGAGCCAUGGGUCUAUGACCUCUACAAGAGGGGCAAGACGAUAGUGAAGUGUAUCUGGAAUCAUCACAAGACGACGCAGUUGUUCCUUGACUGCUCGGAGAUGGAGAGGACGAGGACACUCAUCAUGCCCACGGAGGUGCGCUUCGCCUCGGUGUACAUGAUGUUGGAGAGGCUGCUAGACAGGAAGAAGGUUUUGAAGGCAAUGAUGGUAGGAGGGUGGUUGGACGUGAAGUGGGCUUCGAGAAAGAAGCGCACCACUGCUGACACAGUCUACAUGACUGUCCGCUCUGAUGAUUGGUGGAGGGAGGUGGAGGCAGCAAUGGAUGUGAUGUCCCCAGUCCAUGAUCUCUUGCGAAAGAUGGACAAGAGCGGCACUGCCCCAUAUUCACUGUGGGGCUUUGAGGAGGCGUUGAUAAAGAAGAUUGCCGCCAUUCCCAGCUUGACACCUGCGCGGCGGGAGUCCAUCGCGAAGAAGGUGGGGAGGCGCUGCAAAAUGAUGCGCCAGCCAGUGCACGCAGCGAACUCCGUCUUCAAUCCAUCCAAGCGGGACCCUCGCUGGAUGAACGACCCCAAGUCCCCGCUUUUGCAAAAUGCCAUGAACUUUCUGUUGUCACAAUGCGAAGACGGGGCGACAUGGGGUGAAGAAGAGGAAGGCGGGGGGCUUCAUCGACAUGUGGGCCGACUUCUUUGGUGUAGAUGCACCUCCACAGUUCCAGAUCCUGAUAUUCUUCCCGACGACGUGCAGCCAACAGCGGACGAGGUGGCUCGGAGGGAUUGUCUGAGGAAAGCUCCUCAAGGGAGGAUUCCGAAGGUCGGGAGGGUGGACGACUCCAACGCUAGCGACAACAGCGAUGAUGGCGAGGAUUUGGUUUGGAGGGGGAAAGGGAAGCAAAGUAAAGAGAAGAAGUCCCCGGCAGCUCCGGCCGAUGCGAAGGGUAAAGCGUGGGCGGAAGAAGAAGAGUACGGAGAGGACGAAGAAGAGGAGGAUCGGGAUAAGGACAUGGAUUUUGGUCUGCGCUCGGAUGUGGAGUCAGAUCACGACUUCGAUGACGACCACGACGAGGACGCAGACGCUCUGACAUUGAGACCGGAAACAGGUCACUUUGAUAGUGACCUCGAGUUCUUGGUACCUCGAAAUAGAGACAGAGAACUUCCCGCACAUGAUGACGAUGAGGCGGAUAGAGCGAUGGCACAAGCGCUUGCGAAGAGAGAUCGCGUCAUUGUGAAUCAGCGUAUCGAGGAGGAUGCAGCGAGACGUGUUGCUGUUUACUGACGGACUGGGGAGAAAGGAACGGAGGAAAUCGGGGGAGGAUCAGGCGGGGAAGGAUGCGGGGCAGCAGUCGGAGUUGCGCCAGCUGUGGCCAA